AUGGAAACCUCGACAAGUCGACACCAGUUGGAGCAUUUUCUGCAAACACUUCAGCCAAAGCAAGAAAACCUCGACUCGGCCUCGUUAAUGCAAUCGUUUCACGAGGAUUUAAGUGGCACUUUCAACGAGUUUGAGUCAACUUUCCAAGAUGUGAUGACCCAAUCGAUGAUUGACGACAAUAAACCCACUGAAAAGGUCAAAGGAAAGAACUCAACGUGUACAAAUAGCAAGCUU